CUCUCUCUCUCGCUCUCUCUCUCUCUCUCUCUCUCUAGAUCUUCCCUCCCCCCUCUCUGCCCAGAGACUACCGUCCCGUCCACCGGUUCCGUCCCUCGGUGGAGGUUUUGAGUCUGACGGGGGUCAGCCCGGCGCUGGCCGAGGCCCUCAGGGUCUCCAGGGGUCACAUGAUCAAAGAGGAGCCCCAACAGGGGGGGGGGCGCCACCAGCUGGACUCCAGCCAGCGGGGGGCGCUGCUGGGAGAAGACGCCCUGCAAGGACCCAGUUCAGUCCUGGAGCUGCUGAAGCCUGAAGACCGAGAGCGGCUGCUGAGCCUCCGCAACCCCCCGCCCCCGGCCUCCCAUGAUGCCUUGCGGCGGGCGGGCCCCCCCGCGGCGUCCGGCCUCCAGCAGGAGGCGCUGUCCGUGUGGAGGGGGGUCCAGACCUCGUCGCAGACGUUCAGACCGUUUGAGAAGAACUCGAGCAAACAGGCUCGCUACGAGCUGUACCUGGACCGCCUGAAGCACGGGGACAAAGGUACUGCAUCUCCCAGCAUGCACUGCAAGGUGUAG